GUUCACACAGGCGCCACCGGGCUCAGCGGGACGGCACCGGGCUCAGCGGGACGGCACCGCGCACCUCCGCUCGCCUCGCCCCGUCACAUCAGAGUCUUCAGCAGGACUCAGGAGACUCCACAGCCAAGUCACUGUGGCCUGAAGGUGCUGGGGAUGAAGCUGGGGGUCGCCUGCCUGCUGUGGCUGCUGCUCGUCUGCCUCACCCUGCCCGCCACCCACGGCCGCCUCCUCGAGCGCUCCAUGGAGAUCAGGAGUACGGAGAACAGGAGCCCGGACAUCGACCCCUCGUGGUACACGGGCCGCGGGAUCCGGCCGGUGGGGCGCUUCGGGCGGCGACAGGCCCUGGGCGGGGGCACUCACCCCGGCGGGCCCGGGCAGCCGGGCUGCGCCGCCCCCCACCCACACCCCCACCCUCCCCGGCAGGAGCUGAGCCCCUGAACCGCAGCUGACAAUAAAAACCCUUCUCCUCUCA